CGCGCCGCGCCGCGCCGCGCCGCGCCGGUCGCAGUAUGCAAAUUGAAUUUACGUAAUAAAAUUGCGCGAUUCUCCGUCGUCCCGGUCGGAGCUCAGAGCUCUGAACUCGCAGUGUCUUCACGGAAGCGGCUCUGCCCCACUGUUACAACCCUCACCCGCCAAUGGAAGCGCUACGAGUGCAGGGGUAAACCCCAGGUGUCUGCCUCAUCUCGAGCGGAAUCGUGUUACAGGGCUGCCCGAGGACUGCCGGUGAGAGCAGCAUUUCCUGCUCUUUGUCUUGGACGAUUCGCGCGGAAAUCGUCUGCUCGCAAGCCGGCGCGAGUGUUCGCGAGUCUGUUAGCCGCGUGAUACCAUCCGCGAAACUCGUGUUCGCAGACAACCGCGAACUCUAGGCGCUUCCGUCUAGGCGUCUAUGGAAAAUCUUUCUCGAGGGCGAGGGCGCGGGCGCGGGCGCGCGCACGCAGCCGUGGAUGUAACGUUACAGGGGAAAUCAGAAGUCUCUUGGCUGAAAAGCACAUUCGCAUAUUUUUGCGUACGUCAAUCCGCAGUACGUGGCGCGUACGUUCCACGGAAAUGUCUGCUCGCAAAGUCGAUUUUCGUUUUUCUCCUUGAACUGCUUCCACUGCAUUGUGACGUCUUUCGUAAGUUUAUUACGUUAGGAUAUUACAAAGUAAAUUUCCUUACGACAUGUUGCGAGACAUACCAAUCCAAUAUCUGUCGCAACGCAAACGUUGGCAAGACGUUAUUUUGCAAGAAGCGAUAAUUUGACGACCGGCUCAUUAUUGCCGAUAAUUAUAUAAUCGGCGGUCGAAUCGUUCGAAUAUUCUUAGCAAAUCAAACUCGAUAACGAAACUUGUUGAUAUACUAUUUAAAUUCGUAAUGUCAAAUUCUACCCACUUUCAGUUAUUUUUAAUAAUUUACCAUUCUUAUAGGUCACAUUGCUCCUACUUAAUAGGUCGUCAGUUGGAACUAAAAGAGAAGCUAAACAAGUUAACUUAUAAAAAUGUUAAAGAUACAAAUUUAAUGUAUUAUUUACUAGGUGCAUACGCACUGAGAGAAAAGAUUUUGUUAAUUCAACAAAUGUCAAUACCUGUAACAAAUAUUUGUAGAUAUAGUGACAACAAAUCACAUUUGUUAUCUACAUGUAUAAAUAUUUGUUACAGGUACUGACAAUUGUUGAGUUAACAAAAUCUUUUCUCUCAUUGCGUAAACACGGACACUUUUUAAUUUGAGAUUAAGCAAUUUAACCACGGAAAUGAUCGAUUAGGUGAGGUUAUUUUUUUAACUACAUAUUUUGUGUUAAAAUAAUGAAUUUUGACACACGAAAGUUAAAAGUAACAAAAUGUUAACUCAAGGAAUUGGUUUGCUUCUUUAAUAUUUAACAGUGUAGUAUAUUACUGUGUUUUCCUAAAUGAAAUAAUUACUACGUAAAAGCCUUGUUCGAUAAUCGCCGUCUUUUCCUCAAAUUGCACGUAUGUAGCGGUGAAUCCGAAGCGGAAGCUGCGAGAGAAAAGGCUCAUCUCGACCACUCUGGCCGGCGAUUAUACACAUUAGUUCGACAACAAGGAUGGCUCGUUUUACUUGCAGCUUCCACUAGACGCGCGCGCGCACGUAGGUCGCGUCCGGGAUCUGACCGGUGCAACGAAUUUGGAGACGAGCCAGAGCACGCUGAAUUCUGGACCUGCCCUCCUUCUCCGUACAACAUUUACGUUGCAUUUGUGCGAUUUCCUUGCCACGCGAUUCCGCCGCGUCGACGAGCCGUAAGCGAGACGACGAGAUGGCGAGAACGAGGGCGACGCGAGCGUGAAGACCGGAGUUACGAGAGUACUGCGGAAAAACGGAUGAACUCGAGCCGAUACUUCCGCGCUGCAGAGCGUUGUGACGUGUAUCUCCGGGAGCAUCCACAGCAUCCCGCGCACGUUCGUACCGCACGCUAUCGCCCGCCGGCUUACGUCUUUUCCGCCCUCAAUUAUGCAAAAUCGCGGAGUGGCGAACGCGGAGGAUGCACUUUCGUGAAACACACCGGGGAUACGCGAUUAAGUUGCCGCCUUUGCCUCCCGAAACCGGACAAGAGAAGGUUCGCGGCUGCUUAAAAUCGCUCGCUCGAGUCAAGGAAGCAAAGAUCAAGUCAUUACUUAACCGAGGAUUAGGCAGGCGUUCAGCGCGAACAGGGUUUCAAGAUAACCCGACCGUUUAUUCCGGAAAGUAACCAUUAAGUGUCGUAAAUAACGCUUCUGCCUUGUCUUCGCUAUUUUGAUUAACACCUUCGAGCGAGAGUGAUUUUUUUAAUCAUCCGUGACGAGUAAAAAGCCGCGUUGAGAGGCGUCGAGGAGCACGCGUUAAUUCGAUACUCUUUCGCGCGCUUCGGUUUGACGGCGCGGAUAAUCGAACGUUUCAUUCAAAUUACAUUUCCCAUGUUUGCUUACACAUAUUGUGCGGAAUGUGUAAUCGCGGUUAUUGCAUAACCAAUGGCGUCGGUCUGCAAUAUCCUUUCGCUUCAUGGUCUACCAUACUGGUUCUGGUUCUUCUGGCCGGGCCCACACGUUCCUUUGUGUCCGCACGCACACGACCGGAUUUACAACAAUACAGAGGCGGCAAUUUUCUCGAGUCGUACCUCGCGAGGACUACAUCGGCCGCGAAUGUGGAUCCAAAGGGAAUAACUUUGGCGAGUCAGUUUGUAAAUUUUACUAUAUAUCUAACGUUUCCUUUUAACCUUUUGCGACCCAAUUUUCUUUUUCUUUUUCCUUUGGUAACUAUUUUAGACCAUUUUUACUUAUUGACGACCCGUAAGUAUGGCAUACCUAUGCGCUAUCUUGAACAACUCGAUGGGACGUAUACAUAUAUCCCGUUGGAAUCCAAAGGAUUAAAUCGCGCGAGCGGACCUGCAAUUUCGUUAACGAUCGGAAAAUGCAAUGUUCCGCGAUAACUCCGGGACACCCUGUACAUCCGCUUCGGCCUAAUUAAACGUUCGAUAUUGUAAAAUUGAUUAUGCUCUAGGUGCGGCAUUGCAGAUUUUAUCUACUAUUAAUUUUCUACUACGUAACCGGGUAGAAAGAGGGGACAGGGGGAAGGAGAGGGAGAGGGAGAGGGGACAGGUGCGGUCGCUCCGGUUAAUUGAAGUCUGCUAUUAAUUAGCAAAUAUUAUGAAAUACAUCUUCAUACAUGUACGCAGGAAUGCUGCAACAUUUUCCGCUUUUAUAAAAACGCGGGCUGCAAGAGAUAAAAAGUGCGAUGUUCCGCGAAUGAUACGCUGGAUGGUUAAUAAUUCAGUACAUCAUUCGAUACAUCGGACGGUUUGAAUAAUAUUGAAAAAAGAAACUAACUGUUUUUAGAUUAUUAUUCUAGAUUAUUCCGUAAAAGUCCAGCAGAUUUUCAAAGAUUGACGAGGUAAUUCCAUCUAAUCGUACUCUCGUCCGACCGUAUAUCGUCUUCCAGUUGUUUUUCUCUUCUGAUGUUCUUUCCUAAGGAGACUCCCCCAUCGACGCAAUUCGUAACUGCUAUAUAAUUUGGGAAUAAUACUUUAUAUAGCAAAUAUUUCGUGCUAUUUAUAUCAUUAUUAUUUGUCUCUAUUGCUUUUUUUAUAUUCACUAGUAUAAAUGUGCAAAUGCUGUAUACAUUAUUUAUUUAACAAAAUGCUUUAAUAUAUUUAAACGUUUGAACUAUAUGGACGUUAUACAAAACAGUAAUUAAUUAUAAUAAGAUGAUACAAAUAUGUCAUCAUCUUUACUUUUGAAAAUGAACGAAAUGAUAACUAUAACUAUAAAUGUCGAUCCCGAAACUUGUGCAGUGAACACGUAACUGUGGGCAGAGCAGGUCCUCGCUCCUCGUUCCUCGCCUCGAAAUAGCGACAGCGGUCGAAAAUUGGCGGCUGAGCGCCACUGCAAGGACUCCUCCUUGAGCGCCCGCGCGCGUACGGCCACGUACGGCACGCCAUGCGCCGCGCCAGUCUUUUGCCGGAGCGAACUAGCGAAGGGCAGAGCAGCGAAACUGCGAACUGCGAACCGGCGGUAUAUCGGUACACAUUCUACCAUUCCGCCUGCACGAGGCUCGCGUGCACACACGAACGCGUGGUCACGCGUGUGUACACGGACACCGGCGCAACAGACGUGACGCACACGUGCACGCGACGCGCGACGGCCGCACGCACACACGCACGUAAAGUAGUGCGCGCGGCUGCCGCGCCGCGCAAGGGUGCGCUGGCAUUCCCCCUCGCGUCCCAACCUAACCUACCCCUACCCCGUCUGGGAUCCCUUCAGCCGGCCGCUGCCGCCGCCGCCGCCGCCGAUCCCCCAUCCCCACCAUUCCCCUCGGCUGGCGCGGACCCCCACCAUCGCCCGUAGACGGCUGGCUGGAGAGCGCGUACACAGCUGCCACACAUAUCGCCGCGCUUCGGAGUGCGCGAGGCCCGUCGCGAGAGACACGAGACCGCGCAUCGACGCCGUCGUCGUUCCCGUGUCUAGAGCCGGUCGGUCAGCCGCGGUCGACCGCUAACCUAAAAGUCGCCGUGAGAGCCCGAAAGACGCCGCGGGGGAAGUCCCCGCGGUAUACGAACGACACGCCAGUUGCUCUUUGUGCGUCGCGCCGUUGUCGCUGCAGUUGCCGUUGCCGCCACCAUCACCACCACCGCGCGCGUCGGUCCUUCGGCCGUCCGUACGUGCGGCGCGCGGUCCUUUGUCUCGGACGCCGCUCCGCGAGAGAUCGGUGUGCUUGUGUGCUCUUUCCCCGCGUACGUUCCUUCGCGCGCGCGUUCAACGCUGAGGACGCGAACGUUCGUACCUGCCUUAACCUACCGCGACCUUGAACUUGUGUGCCUGUGCCUGUUCUCCGCGGCCGAUCGCCCUCUCACGAGACGGCAGCAGCGUGAGGGUGGGAGGAACGAGGGAGAAAAAGUGGGUGAGAAAAGAAGGAAAGGAAGAAAGAGCGACGUCGGGAUCCUGGAAGUUCCACGAGGAUGUUCUCUUACGCGACCUUCCCGGCAAUGGGGAUGCAGGUACGAUUCCCGGUCGCCGGGCCUGCUGGUAAAAUCAUGCUGGUGGACCACCAGAUGCGGCCACGAGCGACGGAUCAUCGGUGACCAUCGGGACGCGGUGCAUUAACUCUCCGUCGGCAUGGAGGCGACAAACGGCGCGAUCGAGCACGACUUCCACAACACAUUGGUGCCGAUAAACGGUAGCCAUUCAGGCAGCUCCGGCAGGAGUACGCCGAACGGCGGCGACCCGGCGCCGGGCAAACUUUUCGUGGGUGGCCUCUCCUGGCAGACGAGCAGCGAAAAACUGCGGGAAUAUUUUAGCAUGUUCGGCACUGUCACCGACGUCCUCAUCAUGAAGGAUCCGAUGACGCAGCGUAGCCGCGGUUUCGGCUUCAUCACAUUCGCCGAGCCCGGUAGCGUCGACAAAGUCCUCAAGUGUCCCAUCCACACCCUGGAUGGCAAGAAGAUCGAUCCGAAGCACGCGACGCCGAAGAACCGCGCGAAACAGGCCAAUCGCACUAAGAAGAUCUUCGUGGGUGGUGUCAGUCAGGACACCAGCAGCGACGAGGUCAAGGCCUACUUCAAUCAAUUUGGGAAGGUGGAGGAGACGGUAAUGCUGAUGGAUCAACAAACGAAACGUCAUCGCGGCUUCGGCUUCGUCACCUUCGAGAACGAGGACGUGGUGGACCGCGUGUGCGAGAUACACUUCCACACGAUCAAGAACAAGAAGGUCGAGUGCAAGAAGGCCCAGCCGAAGGAGGCGGUGCAGCCGGGCGCGCUCGCGCUCGGCAAGCGGGUAGUGCUCGGCGCUCUAGGCGUGCGGCUCGCGCCGCAACCGCCGCUGCCGGUCGCGGCGGCGGCCUCGCAGUUGGUCGCCGCGCAGGCACAAGCGGCGCAGGUGCAGGCGGCCGCGGCCGCGGCGGCGGCCGCGCAGGUGCAGAACGCGGUCGCGGGUUAUGGGAAACUGUUCGCCACCGGCGGCUAUCCUCUCUCGGCAUAUCGGUACGCGCCUUAUCCGAUACCGGCCGCGGCGGUGGCGGCGGCCGCUGCCGCGGCAGCGCCCACUGCCCCGACGGCACCGGCGCCGACCCCAGGUGCCGCCGCGGCCGCUGCCGCUGCCGCGGCGGCCGCCUCGUCGCCCGCUGCGGCUGCCGCCGCCGCCGCGGCGCCCGGCAAUCCCUAUCAAGGCUACUCGCUCACCAACGUCGACAUGUCGAGCUUCCAGGGCGUCGAUUGGGGAUCUAUGUACGGGAUGGGAAUGUACGUUUAAAGAGAAGAGAGAGACGAGACGACGUCACACCUUUGAUAUAUCGCACGCGCGCUCCCGCUCUCUCUGAUCUCUUGGAUCUCUUGGAUCUUUUGGACUCUUGGAUCUUGGAUGGAUCUCCUCCUCCUCCUCCUUUUUCGGGAGGGAGAGAGGGAAGAGAUUGUCGAUUGUCGAUCGUCGAUCGUCGAUCGUCGAUUGCCGAUCGUCGAUCGUCGAUCGUCUUCUCCCCCGUCUGUGUACAAUAUACGGUAGAAUAUUCCUCCUCCGGGGUUGAUCGACAUUCUUAUUCGGGGAUUUAGUGCAUGUCUCUGGAAAUGGCCCACCGCUCGCGCGCUGCGCGUACUAUCACCUACGAAAUAGAACAAAUAAAUAAAUAUACAUAAUAUUACUCGGCGAAGAGAUGACUUCCGUUAAUGCUUCUGAUCGUCAUUUUAUCCAUCGUCCUUCUCUCAUCUUCGAGAAACGAUGCUACGAGCAAAUGGAUUCUCUUCGAUACUUUUAUCGUGGAAUGGCAUCGUGGGAAGCGGAUAAAGUGGAAAGGAUCCAGUGAAGAAAGCUGAAAUUUCUAUCAAUUCGCGCUCGAGCGUGAGAAUGAGUAAGGAUGAGAGCAAAGAUUGCCAAGAAAAUGAAUCAUCUCCGACGGAAACCCAGCGGCAAAUGAGGAACGCGAACGAAGAAGGAGGAUCGGAGUCAUCCUCACGUUAAUCACAUGUUGUAUUCCCAAGUGGAAAUCGAUCCAACAUAUUUUGCGUUUUAUUUUCAACAUGCGUUACUUAAUUUAUUUGUGAGAAAGCGAGACUAGUUACGUAUCUCGUUAUAUGUAUGUAUGUUAGCUCUUCUCUUUCGAGUCCCUCGUCUUUCGCUUUUGCGCGACUCAUAUCAUUUUUCACGAUCACAAGUCAUCGCGUUUCAGCACACUUUGGUUCCUAUUUAGAUUAACGCGUACGCAUUAAAGUCAGAAGCGCGUGCGAACCGCGUUCCAUCCACGUCACCGCGCCCAUUACGUUAAUUAUCGAUUAAUUAACGCGAUCCAUUAGCGGCACUCGUUUCACGGCGUUCGCGGCAGUCUCUCUAGCCUCCUGAGUGUUCCCUCAACGGCCGUUCUCUCGGCCAUGAAGCAAUAAAAGGAAAAAAAAAGCAGCGGACGCCGUGAAAACGACUUACUUCGCCAGGGGAGAACGCUAAAUCGUUUCUCCCCUUAGUUUUGUUCUUCUCACUUUCCGUUAUGCGUCCCUCUUAAUAUAUUUUUCUCGCGAUCCUUCAUUUACGUAUACAUUCGCUAACCCCCGAUCGAGUUGUCUCCGCCUGGGAUCAGCGAAAGCACGCGAUUACGUUGCGAAAGCUAAAGCGCCGAUUUCCCAUAUCCGAUCAUUGGCAUUUUUGGAUAAAAAAUCAAUCGCGUUAAGACCCACUAGGAAAAAAAAAACGCUAUGACUUUGCGUCCGCAAAACGCUGAGUGCCAAACGAACAAACUCCGAAGGGAGACUCGUCCACUUCAGACAGCCAAGUGCGUCACUCGCUGUUCCCGAGCAACGAGCUCUCUCCGAGCUUACCUUCCGAUUCGUGUCUUUUUCGGGAAUUCAAGCGACAACAACGUCGACCACGGCGACGACAACUUGACAACAACUCGACAGACUUUUUCGGUCUCUCUUCGUCGCAUCGCCAUCGCCGAUGCUUUCGCUCAUCGCUCUCGGCGGAGUUUCACGUCUUUUCGCCUUUCCAGAGGCAACAGGUCAAUACAUACGAUCCACUUUGCGCGAGCGGGCAGACUCUCCCAAUAUUAUAUACGUACGACACACGAGCAACAAUACGAGGGACACGUAUAUAACUAUAUAUAUAUAAUGUAUAGGUACAUAUAUAUAUACGGUACACACGUAUAUACACAUACAUAUAUAUUUUUCUUCAAAUAAUGGAAGACAAUAUUUCUCCGCUCUCCAUCGCGUUAAAUAAGGAUAAGACUAUAGCGGUACACGAGUGUAAUUCGAGUAAUUCGAAUCGCGUUAACCUUUAAGCAAGACUUUCAGCGACUUGCGAGUGUAAUCUGCGUACGCAGAGAAGUCACGUGUAUAGCUGUUAAGACUAAUUGACAGUAUCACACCCGCGAUCGGCGUAAGAGAAUAAGAGAUGGUGAGUCGGCGAGCUCUACUUAAGUUAGGCUUAAGCGGGUAGCAUUAUUGAUAGCGGAUAUAGAUAUUUAUAAAAAAAUGAGAGAGAAGAGCGAGUAACAAUAAGGAAAGGGGGUCUCUUCCGUAAGGAGGACCCCGGCGCGCGAGAGAGAAAGAGAGAGACAGAUACUUAAAAGAUAUUAUUACGCAUCUUUAUAAAAUAUACUUAAGAGUUCGUGUGACUGCGUUUGCGAGAAAUGGGAACUCAAGAUUGAGAUUAGCUCACGUAACUCAAGCGAUAAACUAGAUUUAAGUCUUUAAACCGCGUAAGUAAGGAAUUUGUGAGAAGUAUUAUUAUAAAAGGUAUUCGUUAAGGAAUUUGCGAGAGAAAUGGAUAUUUAAUUUAUAUUGUAUUCACUUGUAGAAUACGCCCCGAGAUCGACUCGAUGGCGGCGAGCAUACAAUUGGUGUUACGUACCCGUUUGUGUCUUGCCAGAUUUCCGUGUAGCAAAAACAAAAGAAAAAAGAAGUUACGCAAAGUUCCUCUCGACUCGACAUUCAUCAUAAAUUUUUUUUUUCUUUGAUUUUUGUCAUUAAAUUAUUUGCCCAAGUGCUAACGGCAACGUUGUAAACUAUUGUUUUGCAUUUUAGUCUAUAAGCAAAUUUCAAAUCGUUUAACGCGACUGUAUGAUAUUGCCGUGCGAUAUUCGCUUAAUUAAUUUAUUAUUUUUUUUUUUUACUAUACUUCUUUCCUUCUGUUUCAUAUUGUUAGUAGUUUAUUGAAUUAAGUGCGAUGCGUCAAUUUGUCGCUCAAAUGAUCUCACGUCGACCGAUGUCCGACGAAUCCCGAAUAUCCGCACGAAUCUCAACGGUCUCUUUCGAUCGAAGAAGGAUCGCCGUCGGCGAGGACGAACACGGGGCGUUCUCUUGACGAGGAAAUCACGUGAGGGAUACGAGAACUUUCGAGCAAUAAGCGAUUGACUCAAACUUUAAACUGCGCUAGAUUAUUACGAGUAUUAACAGUAACGAUAAUACAAAGGCGUCACGGCGGCGCUUGUUUGCGCGCGCACGUGUAAUCGACAUAGUGGAAUAAUCUUAGGUAAUAUACACAAACGAAUACUCGAUGCGAAAGGAUUUGGAUAAUAAUAAAACGUCGAAGCGAGCGUUAGGUCGUGCGAGGAAGGUUCGAGCGAUGAGAGUUUCAGAAGGAGUUCCGGAGUUUCUUCCGGACACACAAGUAAUAUUCUCUAGUGAUACUAUAUACUUUAAUAUACAUAUAAAUAUAUAUGAACAAGAAAAUAUAAUUAUAUACAUACACCGUGACGCGUUAAGGAUAACAAAACUCGCGAGUGAUAUUUAUGACAUAUUAAGGGGAUAUUACAAAAAGUAGGAGCGAACGUAGAAAGGGAAAAAAAAAUAAUACGAGUCAUGUUAAAUACACGUAGAGAGAAACGGACAAAACGAAACGUGACGAACGUAGUGUGGACGAGCGACGAAAUGCGACGAAGCGAGCGAGGAUCAGCUGAGAGGCGUACGACCCGUUCCAGUUCCCAUUCUCACGGCGACUCUCCGCGUACUCGUACGCCAAUGAUGUGCGGAAUGGGCGCGUACUUAACGAACCUCCCGUUUCGGACAACCCCCGCGAUAUCGGCGCAACACCCUGGCAACUCUCGUUCCUGCUUCGCUAUCUACCUCUUUUCAGCUUCCUCCCUACGCUAUUCCUCUUCUCUCUCUCUCUCUCUCUCUCUCUCUCUCUCCCCCCUCCCUCUCUUUCUCCCCUUUUCUCACUCUUGGAAAUUUCCGCGCGAAAAAGAAAGCGAAAUUAAUUAGGAUCGAGAGAAUAUCCGUUCGUAUACCGUAGUAUCGUAGUAUCUUCCCGACGGAAUUUCCACGAGGGGAAAAGAGAGAAACGGAUGAGAGCGCGCUGUUCGGGAGUUGUUGCUGAGAAGGGAGGUGUACUCUCUUUCGAGCCAAACUGGUAUCGUCGGAACAUCUCGAUGUAUUUAUUUUCAAAGUUGCCUUCAGCAAGCGUAGGAAUAAUCCUGAGACGAGCACGCUCGACGAUACCGUUUUGCGCGUUUUCGCGAGAGACCUCGGAGGAGCGCGGAGAAUCGGGGAUUGGAAUCGGAGGGGCGUAGUUUCGGUGGGUUCAAUUUUCGAUAUCUUUCAUCUCGUACCCACCUCUUCCCUAUCACGAAUAAAACGUCGAAAUUACUCUCGCAUGUCCUCGGUCAUCGAAACUUGAUCUCGCCGAAAUUUCUCUACUGCUCUCUCACUCCCUGAUUGAUGAUAGAGUAACUUCGCCUAGUUUCUACUAUACGUUCUACAUACGGGUCGAAACAAGCCUCAAUCGUUUCGGGGAAGCGAGUUCUCCGGGCGGAUCGUCGUCGAGACUGCAAAUCGGGACUACCGUGCGCCUGUCUCUGAGCAUUUGGCGAUGUAUGAUCCGGUAUUAACGGCGCGCGAUUAUAGUAUGCUCCUCUCGAGCGAAACAAAAAAACUUCACGUGGAAUUUCAGCAAUAAAUUUAGCCGUACGGAGCGGGUCGUUUAUCCGCGUCGUGAAGCGCGUUGCCUGACAUUUUCUCGGAAUCAUUUCGGAAAUGUCUUAUCGCCCCGACGAGAGAGAGACGUGACGAUUUUACCGAGUACUCUAUAUGACGAUUUUACAAUUUCUCCAGCGAAACGUUAUGGGCUGUAAUGGGAAACUUUCGAUUCGGGACUCGAUAUCGCGCCUUUAAUACCUCGAAAAAGCAGAGUGAUGCAGACUAAUCGCACGAUGUGCAGUGUCAACUCAUUACGCGAUAGGCGAUACCUUUCGUUUCUUUCCGAUUAUGCAAACCGUGCAUUAAAUUAUAAUUGUACGAUCGAAUUAUAGUCGAAAUACAGUCUGAUCCAUUAUAGCUCAGGAAACGUACAAUUAUCACGAUGUAUUGUAAUAUCGUUAAGAUACGUAUCAAAGAAGUCAAGGACCUCAAGCUUUAGAUACGAGAUCGAUAACAGCUCAAGUAAUGUUAACUCUUUACAGGGCAGGAAGUCCAAGACGGAUUUCGCAGAACUAAUUAACACAAGAUUGUACGUUCAAAAAAUUCAAAUUUCUCCGUCACAUGACACUUUUUCAUUUUAUUUCAAUUACCAGAUAUACAGGUUUUAAAAGGAUGUAAAUUAAAACUAAAUGAAAUUGCAUGUCCUGCAAAGAGUUGAGGAAUUACGGUCGCUGAUAAUCGUCUCGUAAAGUAGAGUCAUCGUGCUCCUUAUUUCCGUACUCGGAAGUUGCAAUUUUCCAAAACCGUGAAAUCGUCACUGUCGACGACAAAAAGACUAGUACCACGAUAUUAACACGGCGAGAAUCGACAUCGAUAUCGGAUGAUCGAGCCUCGCCUCUGGUGUUUAUCUAUGAUCUAAUAUCUGUUCAGUGACAAAAAGAUAAUAUCUCGUCAUCGUCGAGAAAUAUGUCACCACGGCGAAAGCCACCUUUCUUUCCUGAUCAGCGGGUCCUCCCUCCCCCCCCCCCCACACACACCUUCUCCCCUCGAUCUCUCCUGAUUUGUCCUAGUUCCAUAAACCCCUUAGUAUAUACAUAUAUAUUUAUAUUUGUAUCUCGGUCUGAUAAUUAUGUAUCUAUAUUGCGAAUGUUGAUAUAGUAAUUAUUAGCGUAGCUGGUAUUUUUUGAUGAGCGCUAACCACCACUAGUUGUGUAUGAAACGUAGGUGAAGCAUGCUGGUUGAAAUAUCUCUCCUCCUAUAUAAUAUCGUCAUUAUCGUCAUCCAUCCCGCUCUUUUUUGGCCCUCCGAACCUGCCCUCCCCCCCCCCUCUUCCACUUCGUCUUCCGCUUUUCUUAUUACGGUUUGCUUGCGAUUCCGCUUUCCCAUCGACAACACGGACGUCACUGCUCGAGCACUCAAGAGGGAGAUAAAAGUGAUAAAAUUGAAAGAAAUAAAUAUUGACUGCCCAGGGUACCGUGCACUGGUACUACGCUCUCGGUGUUCGAGCUUCGCAAUCGCGCAAUAUUUUAACGAUUUCCCGUCGUUGCGUCGCUUUAUCGAUAAAUCGCGUUCUUCCCGCGGCUCGAUUAAGUCGCUGCUCGCUUAAUCAGAAUCGUUUUUACGUCGCGAAUUAUGGUAAUUCCGGCAAUCGAAUAUAUUACGAGCGCGUUCUUAAUUCUAUUUUCCGCCUCACUACAGUUCUCGUUCGGGAUUCACUCGAUCAAUAUUGCUCAACAUUAAUGAGAGAUCAUGCGAUUGUUGACGAGAACCAGUGAUCUCCCCGCGAUUUUUUUUUCUUUUUUUUUUUUUACUUUCGUUCCGCCUUCCUAUUCCGUCUGAUUACCUAAUUUCUCCCUUCGAUCCAAGCUACUUCCGCCUGACUGUGAGAAACGUCCAGACGAGAAUCGCUCGCGAGCGAAAACUUUCGUUUCGGAUUUCUUACGAAAGAUCGAUAAUGAUGCGGGAAAAAAAACUUAAGGGAGAAGUGAGAGAGAGAGAGAGAAAGAGAGUGUGAGAGAGGGAGAGAGGACAAGAAACAAAAUCGAACUGCGUAGUAUACAUAUAAUACACACCCAGAGCUCCUCCCAAAUUAAUUGCGUAAGCGCUGAUACUCGAUACUCGAAUCGUAUUACUAUUACUAUUACUCAUUAUCAUUAUUGCCGCCAUUAUCAUGAUUAUUAUUAUUACUAUUUGAUGAUAAUUAUUAUUACGCAUCAGCAUCAUUAUUAUGCUUGUCAUUACUUAUGGUUAUUAUUAUUAUUAGCUUACAUAAAUGCAAGACACACUCUUAUUACGUUACUGUGACACGCUUAACAAUACGAGUGUGCGCAUCGCGCGCGUGUGUGUGUGUACCAUCCACAGUUUUCUCAAAUGUUCUCUUUCGAUUCCGCGCGGUACGAGUCUUACUUUUUUUUUCUUUUCUUUCCCCCCGCGUGUCCCGUCAUUAUUCGUCGCUACAUUCCUAUAGUGUGCCAGCCACGUACGUGCCAUAAAGGGGAUAAUUGUUAGACCGAAGCCUAUUAACAGGCGCGCGUAUAACCGAUUUGAUCACCGAUUGCUUCCUAAAAAGAAGAGAAGAGAGGAAGAAAGAAACGUCGCGGAAAGAUCCGAAGGGGUGCGCGAGAGGGUGAUUCGCCAUGUAAAGUCACCGCAGGGUGGGGAACGAUCGAUGAUUCGCACGCGAUCCGCGCCACCUUUUACCCCUUAUCCCGUCGCCAGGAUCGUGACUCGAAAUUCGAAAAGACGUUUGCUUUCCUAGUUUUUUUUUCUUUUGCUUACGUUUUUUCCUUUUCUUCUCUUUUUUUCUAGAUCGGUUUAAUCAGCGACGCAUAUAGAAGCCAGUGUAAACGUUCGAUUCUCCGAUUUAACUCGCGUUUCUAUUAUUGUUUGCCUGCAAUUUCUCUUUCCGCUUUACUUGAUUCGCUUGUUUUGACUUUUCCGACGCGUUGUCUCGUUCCGAGAAAAAAAAAACGUCGAUGGAUCCUCCAGCAACGAUUUUCAUAUUUGCAUUAGAGCACGCGCGCGAUGAACACGCGUGUACUAACGAAAAAAAAAAACACAGAUACAAAUAUACACACACACAUACACGCAUAUAUAUACACACGCGCGUACAUACAAGGCAGGAAAAUAUACGAUAUUAACGCAAGAGUACGCUCGAUGGCGCACGCCAAGAACAACAACACACGAACGAAAACGUAACGUAAAAAUAGUAUAGGUUGAUGCCUAGAAAAAUUGCCAAUAAAGUAGUCGUUUAAAACUUGUAGCUAACCUCUAUUUGUGUAUAUCUUUCCUUUAUGUAUUUUCUCAUUCAGUCCCCCCCCCCCAACACCCGCCCACCCCUCGCCCUCUCUAUAUAUAGUUAUAGAUCUCUCCAGGAACUCUCGGUCUACCAUCUACGGUCCAUCUCUCGUUUAUUUAUUAUUGACAAACCUCGUAUGUCCCGUCUAACUUGUUGGCAAAAAGUAAUUACGUUGGUACUGUAUAUACUUGAUUAUCCUGUCUACUCAUUGUGUACAUUUACUUAUUCCUUCCUACUAUCUUUUUGAUUAAUAUACACAUAUAUAGUUGCGUCUUUUAUAUAUUCAAUAUAUUAAGUACUAUAUAGUAAUAAUAUAUUACAUAUAACAUUAUUAUAUUUAUAAUAACGUUAUAUGUAAAAGGUUCAAUAAAGUUAUUAUUAAUAUAUUAAUAUAUUAAAUAUUUUAAAAGGCACAUAUAUAUGUAGCGUACUUACACAUCGUACAAUCGGCCUUCUUUUUACUACUCCUUGUAAUAAUAAUCAUUGUUUUGACUUCUUAUCACUAACGCUCGACCAAGCGCCUGUGUUUUGCGCCCCGAUAGAACACGCGGUAUCGCGCGCCCCGCGGAGGUGGCAACUCGCUAAUUGGCAAAUUAAUAUUAAAUUGUAAUUAGUCUCGUUAACCCCGCUGGGCGCUCGUUUCGUGCCGCUUUCUGGUUGGUCCAAACUCUCGUGGCUUAUUCCGCGCGCGCGUUCUCACAGAGGGAGAAAGUGAGGGAGAUUUGCGAAAUCAAAAUCCGAAAUCUCGAGAUAUAAGACAAUAAUAUCAAAAUUUUAUAGAAGAAUGAAGAUUUUUGCACGACUAAUGCUACGAAAGUGAUUUUUUUACGCACGCGCGUGGAUCUAACGUUUGCAAAUUUUUUAACAAUUUCUAGUUCUCUUAAAAGGAUUUAUAAUAAACUAUAUAAUUUCUAUAAAGUCUUUACAAGAUUUCCUAUAAAACUAAUUCCCACCGAAAUACAAUUUUUCUAACAAAAUUUUUACGUCGAGAAAUUUGCCCUCUGUAUCUUUUACACGUAUAAUCUUUAAUAGUUUCGAUUAUCCUGUGAUUAUAUACGAUAUCGAUGUGUUACACCGAAAUGGUAAUAUAAAUUUGUACGGUCCCUAGUGACGAUGUAAAAUUCAUUUAAUCGCGCAGCUGAAUUUAUCAUCUCGCGGCGCUGUACCUCUGAGGUAUUGGACUAUCCGUCGAGAAUAUCCUGGAUUUUUGAUCGUGACUUCUCUCGGAGUUUAUGCCCCCCUGAAUAUACGAGAAAAAUCAAAAACUCGCGUGGAUCUCGUAAAGAAGAAUAUUACAUUUACUUCGGUAACGCCGGCCGACUUUCAACUUCGGUAUCACUUGUUGCUCUAUUUGCUACUCCGUGUGUAAAGAGGAUUACUGAUGUGCACGGUAUACAGCAUGUCCCAAAACUACUUGAUGUCUCAAGAUUUCUUUUUCGUGCCUUUUCAAUUUGCAUAUCUUCGCGCGUAAGCUUUGAAUUAAAAUUCUGUAAAACUACUUGACGCGAGAGUAAUCAAACUACGAACCUGUUACAUCUAAGUUUACUUCGUUAGAAGCUGUUUGUUUUUAAUAACGGAAUCGUCUAAAAAUUAGAAACGUCUUUUAUUACAAUCAAUACUCUCAAGCCGCGCUUAAAGGAUUUUUAAAGCUCUUUCUACUAGCGAGAAAGUCUUCCGGUAAUUUUGGAGCAUUCUGCACAUGUCGAUUCUGCAGAAUAAAAUCGUUAUAAAGUCGUAUCGAUUGAACGUGCUGGCUCGAGACCGAAGAGAAAGAGAAUCCGAAAUCUUUUCCAUGUGCGUUUCGGCCAACCAGAAGAUAUCGCGCAAAUUUUUUUUCUCUUUAGAUAGCCAUUUUAAUGAUUAUGUCUCCUGUUCCCCCUAUCACCUCUGACGCUUUUUAAGUGGUUUAAAACAGUCGGCGAAUUUGUUGUAGCGCAUGCAUCUUAGCUAGACCACCUCUGGCGCACUCUAACCGGCAAGUAAGAGUAUAUCUCAACGUAUUUAAUUGACACUCCUUCCUCCACCGUUUCCCGUUAGUCCCCGCGUUAAAAUAACGCAGUUAACACUUGCUCGUCUUAAUUUCCCGCAAAAUUGAUAUCGAUUAAGAGAAAGAAUCGUCCCGAGGAACGAUAUAGCUGCGGGGAGACAUUGUCAAUUGUUCAUGUUCAUUUCGAUCUUGCAAGCUGUCGAUAGCAGAAGAAGAGCUAAUAAAAGUCGCUAUGACGCGCAGUCGGUGCGUUAACAUUUAAAUUAAUACAUAUAUGCGAUUAUUCCUGCAUGAUCGCAAAAAUGGAUGAAAUCCUACAAUUGUGUGCGAUCAAGAGUAAAGCGCUAAUGAAACUUCAACGGAAAAUAAAUUGAGCAAAUAACUGAAUACACAACAAUAACCACAGAAUUGAAAUUUUAGAUGAAAUCGAGUGAACAUUAAUAAAAAACCCACUUCCGUUGUAAAAAUAACGUAAUGCAAUUGCACAAUUCCAUUGCUUUUAAUUUUAUACAUUUAACAUAAGCGCGUAGAAAAAUAUAGCGACAAUUCGAUUUACGCCGGCAGCUAUACGCGUUCCUCUCCCCCGUUCCAGUUUUUUUUUUUUUUUUCGUACCUCUUCUUUUCCCUUUCCUCUAUUUUCUCCCCUAAACGCAUAUCCAAUUUCCUCCCUUAACGAGAACAGAUAGUACAUAUCCACAGCCGGACGACAUAGCGCGUACAGUUUUGCUACUUUAUAUCGAAGUAGAUGUGUGUUCUACUAGCUUUUGGAGGCGCGUAGGCGUAUAUUUCGUCGUGUGAAAGCGAAACCACACCUUCUGUCCCAUCCCGGAAAGUCACCGACUCCUACCUACCUACGCUCGAUAAUCGAUCAGAAAAGCGUCUUUAACGAUGAGCGCCUUAUUCUCUUCCUCGCAACAUUCGACGUAACACUUGAUUUAUUUUUGUUAGCCACACUUCAAUGUAUAAAUUCCGAUGAAAAUUUGUUUUUACUUCUCGCAUCUCUCGGAUACUACUACUUAUUUUUACGUCCAAUUUUCAGUAAAGCGCCUAUCGCGCCAGCGAGAGGAAUAAGACCCGCGAGGCAGAGACUUUUUCUUUUUCACGCGGUAAGAAACACGGCCGUUGGAAGCUACAAUUGCAAUCUUUAUUUUAACAGCGAAAUCGAGAAGAGCGGCGGAUAUAAAUGAUUCAUAUCCGACGAGAGGAUGAUGAAUCCGCCCAUCGGUAAAACGCACUUGGCCGAUACGAGCGUGUCGGCUCCAUCGUAGCACGGAGAAAGAAACUUCCAAGUCCCGAGUAUCGUUUUAAAGAAAGCAGAAAGGGAGAGAGAACCCGAAUCCAUUUUCCGAAAAAAAUUACAAAAGGAUAUCAAUCUACUUCGCGAAGCGACUUUCCUUCCGCUUGUCGCGCGUGCCCUCCGCGCGAGCACCUCGUGUCUUCAACCGGUGACCAAUAUCAGACACGAUAUGUAUAUCAGAGGACAUGUGUACAUAUAUAUAUCGUCUUGCCUUUGAAAAAAGAGUGAUCUCACGCGUACGUCGUGACGCGAUCUCGUCAAUCUUGUUAAUCGUAAGUAGAGCAACUAGCGAGGAAAGAAAGAGAGGAAACGAGAGUAAUUAGCCGAACCGGGGUACUCUAAAUAGAUCGUAGUGAAUUUUUUACACGCCCGUGUCGGUAACGCGAACGACUCGGUAACGAACCCUACUCUUUGUCACUUUCUUCCCCUCGCGUAUGAAGGGGGAGAGGGUGUACGGACACACGAGAGAGAGCUAAGAAUAUUCUCGCUAAAUGUGAUAGUAGAGUGAGUCUAUCUUCCGGCAGACGUUGUAGAAGCAAUAAAAAGCGAGCCGAAGGCAGCGAGCCGAGGAUUAAAGCGUAACUAAAGCGACUGCUUUACCCGUACGCUCGUCCCUCAUUAAGCCGGUCUCGCUUCUUCAUCUCCGAAGGAGAAAAAAAAGAAAUGAAAAAAAAAGAGAGAGGAGAACCCUUUAUUCCCCGAAAAAGGUGCGUUCGAUGAAUCGAGGAGGCGGCUGUUACAUCCCUCUCACGAUCGGCCCCCUCCCGCCCACCUCGUAUGAUUUUUCGGUGGUGCACCCGGAGAAAUAAACGAAAGUAUAUGCACCACCCCCUGUUCCCCUUUCGGAACCCCGCGCUCAACGGUCCUUUCCAACCGCUUUCUCCGUGCGAUCACCCCUCCUCCCCACCCCUGGCCCUCCGAAACCCCAUUCCCCUCGAUCGUAACGAUUCGACAUAACCCGAGUGCCUUAAUCCGAUCUCUAUGCCCAAUCUUACUCUCCACGUGUGACGAAAGAAAAGAAAUGGAAGGCAAAGCCCUGGGACGCCCGCGAUUUAGACGCAUAUUAAUUUCUAUAGGCAGUAGAAUUGAGUGUCGAUUGCUAGAGAGAACGCGAGAAACACAAGGCUGGCGAACCGAGGCGACUGUUCCGAGGGACGGUGCACACGGCGGAACCAGGUAAGACUAUUUUUUCUUUUUUUUUCUUCCCCUCUCCUUAUUUAUCUUUUGUUUCUUCUCACUUUGAUAUUGCCCUUGAGUAGAUCUUAGACGUGUCGAGCUGGUGUUUUUCAAUCGGAAUGUUUUUCCCUUGAUCUCGCGGAAUCGAAGUCAUUUUCGAGUAGUCUCGAGUCCGCGCGUUCUUAAAAAGGAUUCUUCAUUUGUAAAGAUUUAAAACGCUCCGAGGGGGAAAAAAAAAAUAAACUUUUACCAUAACACGACAGUUCGCGAAUUCAGUUUAAGCUAGCUUGACGCUUCGAAACGUAAUUACGAUCCAUCUACUUUGGCGAAGGGUUUUCGAAUAGUUCGAAUGGCUUGAAAAACACCGUGCUCGAGCAUUACGGAACUAAUGUGUUUGGAGUACUGAAAGCAUCGCAUCCGUCAUAACGCGACAGGCGUCGCCAGGAGCGUUUUACGCUCCGAGUUUCAUGUAGACGGAGAACCUUUGGCGUUACCAAUUUGCUGAAAGCACACUUUUACGUCGGCAUAAUUAUCCAACACGAUCGCGCACGAAACAUGAUACAUAUGUCUCGAAACACAUAUCCAAUACCUUUUACAAAAAUAUAUCUACCUAUAUAUCUACCUUUUGUGAAAGUAAAAUAGAGAAUUGCAGUUUUAUCAGAGCGGUAGUGAUCUUAGUACUUAGCGCUUUAAUGUGUGACGAAUAGUGCAGUUUGAAAGUAAUAGCGUCUUCGAAAGUUGUAGGGACGGAUGCGAUGCACGCGGGCCUCUUACAUAGCGAGCAUUGGUGUUAUCGAAUAACAAUAUCGUUUCCAGUGUACCUUACUCCUCGCUGUUAACACGAAGAGAAGACGUAUCACGUAUUGUAUAGUAAAUGUCGCUCGUAGUACUAGCGAUAGAGAAUCGUCGAUGGUGUAGGCGUAGUUAUGUGCAUAAUUGCGACUUUUGGAGUAAUCUGAGCAGAGUCGGUCUCGAAAGUCGUCGGACCCGGAAUAGCGGGAAAGCCGGGCUAGUGAUUCGAGGGAAAAGUGGAUCGCGAAUUUUCAUGUGUAAGAAAAAAAAAAAGUUGCUUGCCAAAGAGUCCCAUUGUGAUAGGCACGCGGAGAUCUCAAAGCGAAAUGUAGAAGCGUGUCACAAUUUACAAAAUACGAUACGGUUCUGACUUCCUCGAUUCCGAUUCUGGGCAUUACAUUAUUGACUGAAACUCAGCGUGGAGACGAUCGCGUUUCGAUCGUGGCUUCGAAAAGGGAGAUGUAUCAGGGAACGUUUGAAAAAAUGCAAUUCACAAUCUCAAAAUCUCGCGCUAUUGCAUCUUCAGUAGUUGCCUUUACGUGAUUCAGUAGAGAAAAGAAAAAACGGCAUUAAAUGUCAAUCAAAAUUUACGACUCUCUUUUUUUUGCACUAUUUAUCGCACUUUAAUGUAGGACUCGCCGGGGUGCCCGACGAAAUUUUGUGAUUCAUACGACAGUCGAUGGAAACGUAUCGUUCCCACGGCAAUAGUCUACUAUUAUAAAAUACCAGUGUCGGGGCUAACUCGUUGACGGGAAAACGCCUGUAUCGAGGCUACACAACGAGAAUGCACCCGUGCAUGUGUAACGAUUUGUACAUACUAACAUAUUUCUGUGCGGCUGUCUCGCGCUCGCGACAGAUUCUCAGUGGUCAGUGCCAUACUCGCUACGUCAAAGUUUAAUCGGAGAAAUGUUUCUUGGAGGGAAAAAAAAUUUCUUUUUAACUUCUGAAUCUAGAUUUACAUUCGCUGUUCUUUUAUAUUUUCCAUGACGAGAUUACAAUACAUUUGAUUACUUCCUCGUCACACGAUUAUCUUUAAUUAAGGAAUAAUUGAAUUAUUUAAAUUGAAUAAAGUUUUGAAUAUCUCCAAUUGAGGGAGUCUGAAUAUAUCCGAUUCACGAUUGAUGCAUCCCGUCGUGAUGCGAGACAGCCGCGUCGUAAGAGGCAAUGAGGCCUUACGUAAUCGCAUGUGUGAUUUAAAUAAAUAUAUAUCAUUGAAUAUCUGUAAUGGUUCGUCGUUAUUGCUGUCAUCCAACACCACCAAUGUUAUCAAUCAUCUUCAUCAUUAUUCUUAUCAUCGUCAUCAUCAUCAUCAUCACCAUUACUGUCACAUUUACUAGCAAGUGAGAUUGUUGAAGAAAUCAAGUUUUAAAGUCUCGCGUGGAAAACGUGGUGCACUCACACAUCGAUUUUUACACGGGUGAUAUAUGAAUAUAUCAAGCGUAAUUCUAUUUGGAAACAUUCACUCUUCCAAGGUGAUAAUUUUAUUUGAACAUAUAUCGAAUAAUGCGACGUUAUAUCCUCGUUACACAGCUACACUCGAUCGCGUAAUGUUCGUCUACUUUUCACUCGAUAUGAUUGAAAAAUUUUUCGAAAAUUAAAAACGCUCGUACUCGACAAUAUUAUUAAUAACGUAUUAAUUUCGCUAUAAUUAACGGUAUUGGGUGAGGCAUACGGUACAAGUGCGCGAAAAAUGAUGAAAUGCGAAGUCUUUAAAUCCCGCUGUUGACGAAAGUCACCCUGUAAGAACGAUGCGCGAAUCAAGAAUUCUUUUACAUUUUACUCUGACAAGAUGUACGUAAAAAAAAAAAGAGAAAGAAACUUCGGCUAGGAGGCCGCGAGACCGACGAAGACGUAUUGUCGCAGACACGACAAUAAAGCAAGAACAAAAAAAAAACAAAAAGAGAAAGAGCAUCGGAAACGAUCGUGCAUCGUGUAAACGCGACAGCGUGCACCAUGACUGCUCUUUUACUUUUCGAGUGACUUUUUCGAAAUGGGACCCACGCGUUUUUCAUAGCGCUUUUUUAAAGCCGUACACGCGCGUCGUGGCGGCGUCUUGUUCUUCCAAUACGUAUAUAUUAUAUACACACACAUAUACAGAUACACACAACAUUAACACAUUACGUACACGUAAUUAUAUUUAUAAAAACAAAAAUAUAUAUAUAAAAUAUAUAGAUAUAUAUUAUAAAAAAAUCAAUCUAUAUACAUAUAUAUACUGAACAUAUAUCUACUUUUAUGCGUAUAUAACGGUUGUACGAUAUUAAUAAAGGCGAAAAAAGCAGUGUGUGCGCUAGAACGUAGAUAUAGAUUUCGCGAAGGGACGUUCAGUUUCUCGAUUUUUCAUACAAGAAAGUGUCACGGAAUCAGUUUGUUACGCGACGCUUUGCCAACGAGCUGACAUUGUGCCUCUUUAUUCUUUUCGUGCAAUUGUCUCGCUGACAACAGGCACUCUAUUAAUAAACUAACAAAAGGAACUUGAGAAUUCAGAAGCGUGCAAUAUUGUUUGUUUGGCGUUUCCUCUUGAUCGAUGUCUUCUUUGAGCAAUAUGCUGUGUGUAUUUGAAUAUUCUUUUCACAAGAUGAUUAUUUCAAGAUUACAUUUUCCGAAAACGUGGAUCUUUUUUUUAAGCGAUCAAUCGAUAUGUUCAAAUCAGCGAUUUACUGAGAUUUAUUCGUUAUAAAUUAAAAUAAUUGCCGAUUAAAAUAGCAUAAGAACGAUGCCUCUGACAAUUAAUGCAUUGGCGGCCGCAAGUAUCCAUGAAUAUUUAUAUAUUGAGUGUCAUUGAAUAUUUUGCGUUUCGCAUAUCGAUGGCUAUUGCAAGAUAGCGAUAGAUGUUGCAUCGCAAAAUAGAUUUUAAUUAACGGUAUAAAACAGUGGUCACGCAUGUCACUUAAUUGACGAAGCGUCGUGCGCAAUGAGAGUUUUAAUAAUGCUCACAACACACAUAGUAAUUUUCAUUACAACUACGGACUUUUCUGAAUUACUCUUUCGUCUACUCAAUCCGAAUUAAAAAGGACAACGCGGUACAUUUUACAAGAGUAUCCAAUUAGUUUUCUCAAUACUCGUUAAAUAUUCGCUCGAAAUUGUAACUUUAACACCGGGGUUGAUUCGUAGUUAUGAAAAGUGAGAACAAGCGGUGGAAAAAAUAAUUUUCUCGCGUGUAACUUGUGAAUAAUUAAUUUUCUCGUUGCAUUUUUUUUGUGAGAUCAUUUCCAUAAAGUCAACAGAAGUGAAAUUAAGUUUUUUGCAAUAUUACACGGUGCAUGGUAUAACAAAUAACGUUGUGAUUUUAAUGAUAAAUUUUUGUCACGACAUUCUUUAUUAACGAAUAUGACGCGUCGAUAAUCAACAAUUGAUGUUGACACGCAUAAAUAAUUUAACAAAUAUUUAUCGAGACUUACGUCAAUGCGUGAGUGAUAUAUCAAUGCAAUUCGCAAUCAUGAUGACAUUAAUAAAUUGUGAUUAUAUUUUUAUUACAUAUUAAUUUUCACGUAGAAAUUAAUAUAUCGAUCACCUCGAUGUUUCUGCUUCUAUAAAUAGAUCUUUUUCUAUCGCGAUUUUUUACGUAACUUCUUCACCUUGUAAAUCACAGAUCCCAUAUUGUGAGUUAUUACGCAUGAAAUAUCUUAUAUUUUAUAACAAUGUUGACGUUUAUCGAACGACGUAUUAGUGCGACUUGUCGCGCGACAAUAUUCGGAAAUCAAAAAUAAAAAUGGGGUCUUCCAAUAGAAAGGAAAGAAUACUCGUGUAUCCUCCGCAUAAGAAGAACGACUUUACGUUGAUUCUAUCGCACCGCCUUAUAACUUCCACAUGUUGAAAUUUUCGUACGCGAUGAGCAUGAUAUAGAGGAGCAUUAUUCUUUUUUAUAUAAUUCACACUGUAAAUACUCUUUUCUCUACGAGACGAUGUAAAUACUUUCCUCUUGAGAUAUCAAACAAUAUUUAUUGGAGAUGAGAGUGAAUCGGUGAGAAAGAGAGAGAAAGAGAGCAAAUGUGAAUUCGUUAAUUUCAUAAGGCAUUACGAAACGUGAUAAGCGGUAGUCGGCACCGAAUCUUGUGAUCGGCUUUCGACCUGCCGCUGUUCGCCACGUCACUUUUCUUUUCUUCUGUUCAGUUCGUCCAAGUAUCGAACGACUUAUUACGACACACUUUAGAAAUUGAUGUCCUUAAGAGACCGACAGUCAGCAAUAUAUACACGUAUUACAAAAGUGGAAUGAAAACAUUGAGUCGGGUCGAUCGACCUUCGCAUAUACGUGUCGUACCGUGACAGCGCGAUGACAGAUGAUGCGACCGGAGUGAGGAUCCGUUCUUCGGAAAAUCUUCGUUAUUCGUCGCGAGAGAACGUGACGUGAAUGUUAUAUUAUAUUUCCACGGGGACCACCCUUCUUUCGGCGGUUCUCUUUCUUUCUUCGAGGCAAGGAGGGCGAGAACAAGAAUAUGGAAUGUGUGUUAUGUCCGACGAGAGACUUUUCGAAGACCGGAUUUGCCUCGGCCCUUAGCGUAUACGUAGUUUAGUAGCAAUAUAUCUUACGUGAUAAAAUUGAAAAAGCUCGACUUCAUCACUAAGUAUCAUUAGCUCUAUGCGAGACAUGUAAUCUGUUAUUGAUCAAGCACAGCAUAUUCUUCCAUAUAUUAUACGCCACCUGAUUAUUAUUAUUAUUAUUAUUGUUCGACGAUCGUCGUCGCACGUUCGAUAGCGCUUCAAUGUCGAUUCGACGGAAAGAUCAUCUCGUUGAAACGAAAAAAAACGAAAGCGUUGAAUAGCCACGUUAUCGAACGAUCGAGACGAUCGCAGACACGACGUAGUUAGUUACUUAUUUAUUAAUUCGUUUGUGGACGACAUGAAUCUUAUUCCGUAGUGUAAGUCAAAGUGCAGGGAGACAAAGUUGAGAUUGAUAUUUCUGUAUUACCCGUAUUUCUUUCGAUAAAGCUUCGAUUUAGCGCCCAUUCUGUUCCACUGACAAUGAUUUCAUUGUUUUCCUCUCGCAAAUUUCGCCGGGUGUUCGUAAAAAUGCGAUCGAUGCAAACGUAACGGAGCACGGAUUGAUCCACAUGGUACUAACUGCAUUCAUCUUAUUUCGAAUCUUUUCAAUCAUUCGAGACGUCGAGGCGUUUCUCGAAUAACGCAUCUCCACCGAGCUGAUAGACGCCGACAAAACAACUGAUAAUAAGAAAAAUAAUAAGAUCAUUGCCAGUAGAAAAAAAAACCCAAAUUCCGCACACGUACGCACACACACAAACACACACAUCUACAUACACACGUACACAACUAGAAUAGUAUUAGCUAGCUAGACAGCCGACUAGUAAAAAUCUAGUAGUAAUCACGUAAAUAAUUUGGUUAUCCGUAUAUAUAGAUGGGUAAGCGCAAAAGACGGUAAUGAGACUUAGAUUUAAGCGACAGUAGGAUAAUAAUAGGAGGCAAACACCGUGCAAGAGAGAAAGAGAAAGACAGAAUUGUGAGAAAGAGAAUAAUUAUCAACGUAUUUGCUGCAGGUAAACACUGGUUACUGUACCUGUUGUUGUUGAAAUCAUUAAAAAUACUCUUAUUCCAUGCUAA